GAGAGAGAGAGAGAGAGAGAGGGGGGAGAUAGUGAGUAAGGGAGCGUGAGCGUUAAGCGUCCUCUCCCUCCGCGGGAAUGGCUCAAAUCAAAUGCGGAAGUUGACACCCAUGAAAGCCGCCACCACCACAACCGAGAGGCGAGUGUUGCCAUGACAGUCGGGCUGUAGCGAGGCGACGCAGCGGCGCGCGUCUGUGACAGCGAGGCGGCCAGACCGCGAGAACGCGCCGGUGGAGCCCCAGCGCCGCGGAGCCCGGACCUCAGAUCCCCCCCGCUCAUGGCUUCCAUGAGCAGCGCGGAGCGACGAGCGUUCGCCCUCAAAAUAAACAGGCACUCUUCUGCAGAGAUCAGACGACACUUCAGUGGGACCCAGGGCUCUCAACACAGCCGAACCAGCUCCAACGCUUCGGCCUCGGUGUGCCUCAAUGUGCCUCCGUCGUAUGAAGCGGUGGAGCCCUUGGACCUGGAGGAAUUCUUGGUGUCACAGUUAAGAAGUGGAGACUCGGCUGUGAUGCAGGAACUCGGGGACUUCCCCGAUGAUGACCUGAAGGUGGAGCAGGUGGAGAAGGAGUGUCGCACUGUUAGACACUCUGUCCCCGAAGAUGGACUGGAGUUGGAUUCACAUGUGAGAGACUGCGUGAAGAGUUACAUUCAGCCGUGGCUUUUGGUCUCAAGAAGGUGCCAGGGCGAUGGCUGGAGUGCAUACUCAGAGAGGGAAGGACUACACAAACUUCUUCGGAAGCAGACCUUUGAGUCCGACGUCGAACCAGACAACACGCGGAAGCCGGUCAAGUCUCCAACACUAGAGGGGCUGAGUAAUGACUCUGGCCGCACACUGACGUCCUCCGACUUUAACUUGCGGUGUUUGACCCCGGACCAAAGGGUGGAGGGCCUGCUGGCCUUCAGCAGCCACGAGGAGCUGGACCGCAUCAACCAGGAGGCCCGUCAUGGGAACAGACACCCGGAGCUGUUUGCUCUCUACCCACCGGCGGACGAGGAAGACGCAGUGGAGAUUCGGCCCAUCCCCGACUGCCCCAAAGAACACACUGGAGACCGCAUCCUGGUCCGAUGCCAGGCCAUCAAGUUUGAGAUCGACAUUGAGCCAAUAUUUGCCACUAUGGCCUUGUAUGACCUGAAAGAGAAGAAAAAGAUAUCCGAGAACUUCUACUUCGAUCUGAACUCGGAACAUUUGAAAAACAUCUUGAAGCCUCACACUCCACACGUGGACCAGUCGACACUGGCCAGAUCUGCGAUCUUCUCCAUCACCUACCCUUCCCCAGAUAUCUACCUGGUCAUCAAGAUUGAAAAGGUUCUCCAGCAGGGAGAGAUUGGUGACUGUGCUGACCCCUACAUGACACUGAGGGAAUGUGAAUCUGUAAAGAACAAGGACAAGCUGGAGAAACUGCGAGGUCAGGCGGAGACUUUCUGCCAGAGGCUCGGUCGCUAUCGCAUGCCAUUUGCCUGGGCAACCGUGAACAUCAUGGAGGUCAUCUCCACUGCCACGAUGGAGCGCGACGUCACCGACUCAGACAGCCUGAAAGGGGGUAAAUCCAGCAGCAUUGAGCGCAGGGCGCAGUUUCCCAGGAGGAAUUCUGAACGUUACAAUACCCUUGAUGAUCAAUUUUGUAACGUGUCUGCCUUCAAACCUGCCACCAUCACUAUCAGCACCAUCUUUAAACAGGAGGGAGAUCGUUUGAGUGAUGAGGAUUUGCUCAAGUUUUUGUCUGAAAUCAAGAAAACCUCCACUCCCCAGAGAAGAGUGAAGACCAUAUCAGGUUCCAUAAAACUGGACAUGUCUCCAAUCCAUGACACGCCACUGGCAUGUUUGUCCACUGAGCUCAUCCCGCUGAUACCGGUGGCUGAGAAAAACAUUCGGCCAAUCAAGGAAGUGCUCGAGUUCCCAUCCAGUGAAGUGUUCGUCCCUCACAACAUUUACAGGAACCUGCUCUACGUCUACCCCCAGAGGCUAAACUUUGUCAACAGGCUUACAUCAGCGAGAAACAUCAGCAUCAAAAUGCAGUUCAAGAGCGGCGAGGACCCGGCCUGCUCUUUGCCUGUCAUUUUUGGGAAAUCAAGUGGCCCAGAAUUUUUACAAGAGGUCUACACCGCAGUUACCUACCAUAACAAGUCCCCAGACUUUUAUGAGGAAGUGAAGCUGGCUCUUCCAGCACGUCUUACAGAGAGACAUCACUUGCUCUUCACCUUCUACCACAUCAGCUGCCAGCAGAAACAGAACCAGAGUGGCAGCUGUGAGACGCUCAUUGGAUACUCGUGGCUGCCCAUAGUGAAUAAUGACAGACUGCAGACGGGUCAGUUUUGUCUGCCCAUUGCCUUGGAGCGACUACCUGUCAACUAUUCACUGCACACGCCUGAGAAACUUCCUCUCCAGUCUCCUCCGGUCAAGUGGAUGGAGGGUCACAAAGGGAUUUUUAACCUCGAGCUCCAAGCUGUUUCAUCAGUACACACACAGGACAACCACCUGGAGCGUUUCUUCACCCUCUGUCAUGCCCUGGAAGGUGGCGCAACAUUUCCUCUACGAGUCAGGGAGGAGAAGAUUCCAGAGAACAAGCUGGAGCAUGAGCUGAAGCUCAGCAUCAUCUCCCUGCCCUCCUCCAGAUUAGAGCCUCUGGUCCUCUUCCUCCAUCUGGUGCUUGAUAAACUCUUCACCCUCAUCAUGCAGCCCAUGGUCAUUGCUGGCCAGACUGCCAAUCUAGCCCAGAUAGCCUUCGAAUCAGUGGUGUCUAUAGUCAACAGUCUUCAUAACAGUCAGGAGCUGAUCAGGGACCAGCUGGGUAGGAACAGCCUCUUGGCGACCUACCUUUACUGGGUGUUUCGUCUGCCUGAUCCCCCCCGAGACAUGCAGAAUUCAGAUUCAGGCAGCAUACCAUCUGCCGAGAGCCGUUACAGUACCAUGGGUCGGGCCACGGCAGCCACAGUCGGCUCUAUGCUUCUCCAUUCCAGAAUCCGCAGCAGCAGCAACCCCGACAUCCCCGCUCCACACACCUCUGCUGAAGAUGCUGAGGUCAAAAGCAUCCUCUGUGCCCAGGGCCACAACAACCCAGGCAGCCGCAUGUCCACCAUUGUGGACUUAAACAACCACCAGAACUCCACAGGAAGCACCAGGCCCUCCAACAGGAAGCAGUUUCAUGAAGAGUUGGCCCUGCAGAUGGUCGUCAGCACCGGCGUCUGCAGAGAGAACGCCUACAAAUAUGCCUGGUUCUUCUUUGAGCUGCUGGUGAAAAGCAUGGCUCAGCACGUGUCUCUUCUCGAGAAGGACAGUGUCCCCCGGAGGGGCCGCUUCUCUGACCGGUUCAAAGAUGACAUCACCACAAUUGUCUCAGUGGUGACGGCUGAGAUUGGGACCAUCCUUGUCAAGCAGCAUAAGGAAGCGGAGCAAGCGGAGAAAAUCAACAUCAGCCUGGCCUUCUUCCUCUAUGACCUGCUGUCUCUCAUGGACCGUGGAUUUGUCUUUCAGCUGGUUAAAAACUACUGCAACCAGAUGUCAGCUAAGAGUGUGUCGAUGCCAACGUUGAUCAGCAUGCGUCUGGAGUUCCUGCGAAUCCUGUGCAGUCACGAGCACUACCUCAACCUGAGUCUCUUCUUCAGCAGCCCUGGCUCUGCUCCAGCCUCACCGUGUCCAUCCAUCUCCUCGCAGACCUCCAGCUCGUGUAGUUUCCAGGAGCAGCAGAGAAUCUUGGGGCUGUUUGAGCUUUCUCAGGAAUUCAAGCAGCAGCACUACCUCACCGGUCUGCUGCUCACAGAGCUCAGUGCCGCCCUAGACAUGGAGUCAGAGGGGGGAAAAGUCCAGAGAAAGGCCAUCAAUGCCAUCUCCAGCCUGCUAUGUUCCCAUGAUCUCGACCAUCGUUGUAUUAAACCGGAGGUCAGAGCCAAGGUGGCUGCUCUCUACCUCUCCUUGGUGGGAAUCAUCAUCGACUCCACCAACUAUCUGGACUUUACUGUUUCUGACACGCGCGGUGGGAAAAACAAGACUGGCGGAACGGAGGAUGACCUUGAAAAUGUCCCCCCUAUCAAUCAGUCUGUUGCCAUGGCGAUUGCCGGAAACCCCUUCAACACACUGGGACGAAAUGCACUCGUCUCCAUGGCAUCCAUGCAAGGUAAAUCCGUAGCCACCCUGGCUGCUGACACCAGUCGCCACCUGUUGGCGUGUUUCUUGUGGGUGAUGAAGAACGCCGAUAGGAGCCUGAUCCAGCGCUGGACUGUAGACAUGCCUCACUCGCAGCUCAACAAGCUGCUGGAACUGCUCACUAUCUGCGUGUCCUGCUUUGAGUAUGGGGGUAAACAGAGCAGUGACAAAGUGAGCACCCAGGCCUUGCAGAAAUCUCAGCAGGCCAAGCUGCAGCUGGAAGAAGCCCUGCUGGGAGGAAUGGGAGCCCGCGGGGAGAUGAUGAAACGAGUUGGAGGAAUGGAUAGGACGAUGGGACACAGAGAGAAUCUACGAUGGAGGAAAGAUCUCACUCAGUGGAGACAGACAAACGACAAACAGGACAAGACAAAAGCAGAGUUGGACCAGGAGGCUAUAAUCAGUGGAAACUUAGCCACAGAGGCGAACCUUAUCGUGCUGGAUCUGCUGGAAACCAUUGUUCAGGCAGUGCCAUUGGCUGAGUGUAAGGACAGCGUGGUCGGCGGAGUGUUGAGGGUGUUACUUCACUCCCUCACCUGCAACCAGAGUAGCACGUUUCUCUCUCACACCUUCAGCACGCUCAGAGCGCUUGUUGUAAAGUUUGGGGACCUAAUGUUUGAGGAGGAGGCGGAGCAGUGUGCGGACCUGUGCCAGAAGGUGCUUCAGUACUGCAGCAGCCCCGUCGACGAGAACAGGAGCCAGGCCUGUGCCACCCUCUAUCUCAUCAUGAGAUACAGCUACAGCAAUGCCAGCAACUUCUCAAGAGUGAAGAUGCAGGUCACGAUGUCUCUGGCCUCGCUGGUGGGCAAGUCCUCAGACUUCCAGGAGGAGUACUUGCGACGCUCCCUUCGCACCAUCCUGGCCUACGCAGAGGAGGACACAGAGAUGCAGAACACUCUGCUGCCCUCACAGGUGGAUGAGCUUCUCCGUAACCUGAACAGUAUUUUGUCCGACACAGUCAAAAUGAGGGAGUUCCAGGAAGACCCUGAGAUGCUGAUGGACCUCAUGUACAGGAUAGCGAAGGGCUACCAGACGUCUCCUGACCUCCGGCUGACCUGGCUGCAGAACAUGGCAGAGAAGCACAACAACAGAAAGUGUUACACAGAGUCGGCUAUGUGUCUGGUCCACGCUGCUGCCCUGGUGGCCGAGUAUCUCAGCAUGCUGGAAGAUCACAAGUACCUUCCAAUCGGCAGCGUCACCUUCCAGAACAUCUCCACCAAUGUGCUGGAGGAGUCGGCGGUGUCUGAUGACAUCCUGUCCCCGGACGAGGACGGGGUGUGUUCGGGGCGCUACUUCACAGAGAGUGGCCUGGUGGGAUUGUUGGAGCAGGCUGCAGAGCUCUUCAGCAACGGUUCUCUCUUCGAGACAGUGAAUGAGGUCUACAAGAUCAUCAUACCAGUCCUAGAGGCUCACAGAGAUUUCAGGAAACUGUCAUCCACUCAUGACAAACUAAAGAGAGCCUUUGAUAACAUCAUUCUGAAGGGCCACAAGAGGAUGUUUGGAACCUAUUUCCGGGUUGGGUUUUAUGGGGCCAAGUUUGGCGACCUCGACGAACGGGAAUUCAUUUACAAGGAGCCAGGGAUCACACAUCUGCCCGAGAUAUCCCACAGGCUGGAGAACUUCUACAGUCAGUGUUUUGGAGAAGAAGCGUUGAUAAUGAUCAAGGACUCUACCCCAGUGGACAGAAAACAACUCAACCCCAGCAAGGCAUAUAUCCAGAUCACCUUUGUGGAGCCCUUCUUUGAUGACUAUGAGAUGAAAGACCGGCUGACCAACUUUGAGAAGAACUUCAACCUGCGGCGCUUCAUGUACACCACGCCCUUCACAAAGAGCGGGCGGCCACGGGGGGAACUCUACGAGCAGUACAAGAGGAAAACCAUCCUCACCACAAUGCAUGCCUUCCCCUACAUCAAGACCCGCAUCAACGUCAUCCAGAAAGAGGAGUUCGACCUGACCCCUAUUGAGGUGGCCAUAGAGGACAUGCAGAAGAAGACUAGAGAGCUAGCAGUUGCCACACAUAGAGAACAGCCGGAUGCUAAGAUGUUACAGAUGCUGCUUCAAGGCUCUGUGGGAGCCACUGUUAACCAGGGUCCUUUGGAGGUGGCCCAGGUCUUCCUGAAUGAGAUCCCAGCAGACCCGAAGCUCUUCCGUCACCACAAUAAACUGCGCCUGUGUUUCAAAGAGUUUAUAAUGAGGUGUGGUGAGGCGGUUGAGAAAAAUAAGCACUUGAUCACAUUCGACCAGAAAGAGUACCAGCAGGAGCUGAAGAAGAACUACAACCGCCUGAGGGAGAACCUGAGGCCUAUGCUGGAGAGGAAGAUACCCGAGCUCUAUAAGCCCAUCAUCAGGCCUCGGCUGGAGAACAGGGAUUCCUUCAAGCGUCUAAGUUUUCGCAGAGCUCCGGAGGACAACUCCUGAGAUGCCACAACUUCUCCAAGAGAGAAGAGAGAGCGCUAGGGGAGAGGAAGAGGAUGCUGUCACACAUCCCAAAGAGGAAACGUAAAGAUGACAUGAAAGAAGAGAAAAGUAAAGGAGCUGCUGGUGACACCCUUUUGCUCUUAUCAGCCUGCUGGAGACACAUUGUGUCCACAAUGGACUCAGGACUCAAGUUUGUCCAGCCGUGCUUAUUAAUGCCCACUUUGUAUGAUUUCAGGGUUGUUUGUUACAGGAGGCAAAGAGUGAAUGAGCACAUAAAAACACGGAGGUUGAAAUCUCAAGUAAAAAUGUAGCUAUUGAGCAUUUCACUGUAAAAUCUUCAGAUGCGUUGGCGCUGUUGAUUUCUUUUCUUUUUUUUUAGAUAGCUGCAAGUCCUAAUAAUGCUGCAAACAGUUCCUCUGGGUUGGUACAUAAGCGGACUUAAGUUCCUCUCUGAGGCCCUUGCUGGCCCAGGGUCUGUGUGUGUGCCAAUAAUGCUUGUGUCCUGUGUGUAUGUACAUGUCCCAAAGGAUGUGUGUUUAUUUCGAUCAUGUUUGGAGGAGAGGAUUUUGGUGCCAUUCUGAAUUCACUUGACAAAUGAUUCUGUUUUGUGCUAAAAGGCCUCUGAAAUUCCACUGGGUGUCUAUACAUGAAAUGUGCCGGUUAGAGCAGCAGCAGCAGGAUGGGUGGAUUUGUGCACUGGAAAAAUAAGACACAAUUUCCUGCAUUAGCUCUUAAGGCCAUUAUUGUCUUAAUUUUGUUGAAUAUACAGUACCUGGUCAUGUAGCUAAUGGAAGAGUUUAACUUAUUGAUGCAUCUGAGGCUCUACAUCACACAUGGCUCAUCUCUAAAUACUCAUUUUGUAUAUAGUAGAUGUAUUACAUCAGAUAGUUACAAAGAUGUUUACCAAGCUAUGAAAAACUAUUUUGCAUUGAAUGGAAAUGUAUUUUUAGAUAAGAACGGCAAUAAUGAUUUUAUUAAUGAUUUAUUUAGUAGGCAGGAUUCAGUCACUGAGUGCACUGUAACAAUCUAAAUGUAUAUUCCAGUAGUUUCAGAACCUGCUGAUAGUCCAAUUCCUACAAUGCACAGAGUGCCAAUUUGAAUUCCUCCUUACUUACUUAAGAACAGAGAUACUAGAAAUACAACACUUUGAAAAGUGCCGCCACACAGCUGUGCUUUGCAUUUUGUUCAGUCAUCAAAAUAGAUUCCAGAGGAAAGAUUUAUUUCUGCUUUGCAGUAUUUGAUAGGGGCAACCUUAUGUCCUUUUGACAUCCAUUAACAGCUCUCUAUUUCAGUAAUGUCAAUGCACUUGCCAUUUCCAAAGGGUGUAUACACUUUAAUAUACAUUUAAAGUUAAUUGAAUAUUUUUCACUCUGUUUCCAGGUACAACUGUUAUUUAUGAGCUGUUGUGAGUAUUAACUAAAAAUGUAUUCUUAUUUUGAAAUGCAGUUCAUUGCUAAAAUUUUGCGCUAUGAGAUACAUUGGUGGCAAUCAACAUCUGGAAAAUUCAUUGGUGGCAAUCAACAUCUGGAAAAUUCAUCUAUGUCCCUUCUGUUUUUUUUAUGUGUAUACCUGUUGUGUUUUAAUAAAUGUGGAAUUUUUACUUGUCAUGCAUCUGUUCGGAAGAACUCAAAUAAAACUUAAUAUAUA